AUGGGAAAUUGUGUGGAGACAUGCACAGAGAGGCAGCAAGGAGAGGAUCAAAUGCAGCAGCAAAAGCAUGAGCAAGAAGAAAGACAAAAUGAAAUUAGGUUUGUGAAAGAGAGCAAUUUGAGCAAAGAUGGCAACAUAAGGGUGAAGAUUGUGUUGACCAAGGAAGAGCUAGAGUGGUUGAUGCUUCAGCUGAAAGAUAGAGGAGGGAAGAGCUUGGAAGAUGUUUUGGAGGAGAUCCAGAGAAGCAGAGCCAAAGUUGAGGAAGGGUGGAAGCCUUCUUUGGAGAGUAUCAUGGAGUGCCCUGAAGUAAAUGAGAUGGAUAGAUGA